UAAACAAUUUCAGGAACUUUGGCAAUAAAUAAAUAAAUUGAACAACUGUUUUUGGGCUGGUCUCUAAACGCGGGGGCCAUUUUACUAGUUCUCAGGAAACUAUCAAAAUCCCACAAAUUCUACAGAAAUUUCAUCAUUUUUAUUUAUUUAUUCAAACUUUUAAAGGCUUUCCGUCGCUUAAUCAACCGUCUUCAGCACCAAUCCAAACUCUUAAUUUCCAUUGACAUUUUUCAAAAUUCAAUUUAUUUAAUUAUUAAUUUUCCUUCUGUGUGUGAUUUGGGAGGCUGUUUCUGAAGAUGGAAAUCGAGGAAAAACAAGCAGAGGUAAUUGAUCAUUUCGUGAAGCAAGUAUCAGCUCAGAAGGGCUCGGCUCUUGGCUCCGUUUUCGUUGAAGCGACGUCGCAUCCUUCACUUUUCGCCUUCUCUGAGAUUCUUGCUGUGCCCACUGUCGCUGAGCUAGAAGGAACUGACAACUCGGUGCACCUUGAGAUGCUUCGAUUGUUUGCACAUGGAACAUGGAGCGAUUAUAAGAGAAAUAGCUGUAAGUUUCCUCAACUGGUCCCAGAUCAAGUUCUCAAGUUAAAGCAACUUACUGUCCUUACACUUGCCGAGACAAAAAAGGUACUAUCAUAUGAUCAGCUAAUGCUGGAGUUAGAUGUCACAAAUGUCCGUGAACUUGAAGAUUUUCUAAUCAAUGACUGCAUGUAUGCUGGUCUAGUUAGAGGAAAGCUGGAUCAGCUGCGAAGAUAUUUUGAGGUUCAAUUUGCUGCUGGGAGGGAUUUGAGGCCAGGACAACUUGGAAGUAUGAUACAAACACUAUCAAACUGGUUGGCUACGUCAGAUAACUUACUUGUCACAAUUCAAGACAAGAUAAAAUGGGCUGAUACAAUGAGUGAGUUGGACAAGAAACACCGAAAGGAGCUUGAAGAUAGGGUGAUGGAAGUAAAGAAAGCUGUCUCCGUCAAGGAGGGGUGGUCAUGUGAAAGAGAGUUCUUUAAUUCUUCCAAAAAUGCUUAGACAGAAAAAGUUUGGAGCUUAAAGCUGCAACUUGUUAAAUGCAAAUGAGUGAGCUUAACUGGAUCUAGGAGUAGCAUGCCAUGACUUUACUCAUUCGAUAUCGAGGUAUGUUGGUCGAUGAGGCUUAUUUUGUGCCAGAAGUUACAGACUGCAAGCAGGCCAAUACUGACUUCUAAGGGCUCAAUGAAAUCAACUCUAAACCUGGUGGAAUGAUGGACUUUGAGGAAGACCAAAGCCGACACAAGAGAGGAGAAGGAAUCUGAUGUCCUGAAGAAAGAACAUGCAACUUAUUGGACGGCGUUUAGAAGACCAACCAGAUUUUUGUUCACGAUAGUCCCAGUAACCAAUGAUUCUGCUUUUCAGGCAGUGAUAGUGCUGCUUUGGUAGUGAAUUUGACAAUUGUGGCGUUAUAAUUUCAGAAUUGUUAGCAUAUCGUAAACCCAUUGUUAUUCCUAUUGAGUUGGGAAAGAUAGGACAAAACACAGACUCAAAAUUUAGAACACUUAGAUAUCCAAGAUUUACAAAUUCAAGUUAUUUCACUUUUUAAUCAUGCACUUCAUGCUGCAUCAUGAAGAUUAUAUAUGGCUGAUAGUUCCAUUAUGUUAGAAAA